AAUGACUGUGUGCAGUUUGCAAUCAAAGUGAGCAGAAUUUACCAAUUUUUAAUCAUUUAUUAAUAGCAUUUUAAUUAGUAUUUUUUAAAUAUAAAACCAACUUAAAAUCAGUGAGUAGAAUUUAUUUAUUUUUAUAAGCAAAGUCAAAACUGCAGAAAAUUGAUAAAUUUUACUCAUUGGAAGGUCUUAUUUUCCCGCCCAAGGCAUUUUUCAUCACACAACAGCAAGUCAGCCACCAUUUCACAGACCGUUGGCUUAAAGGUAAGAGCUGUUUAAUUGUUCUUAGGUAACGACCCCAGUGUCUGUAUCAGUUAAACAUUGCUUUGUGUUACUACAAAUUGCUAAACGUGCCAACUUUACUGUACUUUCAGUCAAAAUUAAGUUCUAGUGUUACUGACUGAAGUCAGUUUGUGUCGUCUUUGAUUCAACUAAAGCAUUGCAAUGAUUGAAAAAGUUUGGUUCGACUAAAAGCAUUGCAAUGAUUGAAAAAGUAGUGUGAAUUUCACAAUUUAAUGUGUUUUACCGAGUAUAGCGUAAUACUGUUAUAUAAUGGAUGUAAAGUACAAACUAUUCUUUUUUUAUUUAAUUUAGCGUCCUGGCUCCUGGCCACAGUCAAGUUAACCUCCCCUCCCCCCACCUUAACAAGCCAGCACACCGACACGGAGGAGCACACUUGUGUCUCAGUGAUCCAGGAUGAGUUUUAUCGAAUAACAAUGGUUCAUCUUGAAUCAAAGUUCAUGUCCAAGCUGGACGAAUUUACGCCUCAACUAUUAAAACUCUUCCAUACCAAGGGCGGAAGCAUGGGGCUGCAGUUGCAGGCUAUCUUACUCAAGACUCCAAGCAACCCAAAUAUCCACAUGAAGAGAGAGAUCGUCAUUAGAUGUUCGAUGAAGUUCCUCGGGGAAUCGUCAGAGCAACUCUUAAGAGAGUACGAUGAUGCUGAUGAGGACCGAAUACUCCAAGAUCUUGCACUUCAAACAUUGAAGAUCUACAUCAAACCGAACCCAUCAGAGGCACCAGACAUCGGCAUGUGGACAAUGACCUCCAAGGUGAAGCAGACAUCCGCCUUGCGCUUGGCAUCCAGCUUUGGGCACGUGGCUUGUGUGGAGGAGCUCCUGUUCCGCGGCGCUGAAGUGAACGCAGACCCGGGAGGCGGCACGGCCCUCCAUGACGCCUGUGCGGGAGGACACGCCGCCUGCGUCAAAAUGUUGCUCGACCACGGAGCAGACGUACAACUGCUAUCGGCCGACGGAAACGCUCCUCUUCACCUCUGCACCUCGCCACUCUCAUUACAGUGUGCUGAGCUGCUUCUGGACGGCGGCGCCGAUGUAAACAUGAGGACUGCCGAGUCCAGGCUCACCCCACUGCACGUGGCUGCCCUGAGGGGCCUGGAGGGCCACGUGGAGCUGCUCCUAUCCCUAGGUGCUGAUGUGCUGGCCACCAAUCGGGAAGGCGAAACGGCCCUGAAUGCCGCCUGCGCCAGGGCCGACAGGCCUCUAGAGACGGGCCGCUACCUGGGUGUGGUCCGUAGGCUCUUGGACGCGGGCGCCAACCCGCGUACGGUGGGCAAGAAACGACACACGCCACUGCACAACGCUUGUGCCAACUGCUGCCCGGCAAUCGUAGAGCUACUGCUGCAGUAUGGCGCGCAGGCGGAUGUCAGUAACUGUGCAGGGUGCACACCCAUGGAAUGUGUGCUGCAGGUGCUUGAGGACUACUUAGACCAGCAACCUGAAAAAGUGGUACGGACCCUGCUGAACCAUGGAGCCAAACCUGUCCCACCAAAGAUGUUGAGGCAAUGUGUUCUCUCUCCGGCCACUUUCGAGGUGAUUCUUAACUCGUACACGCACGUCCCAUCAUUCACCUGGAUGGACGACUGCCCUCACAGGCAGGAACACUCGAGCUUCUACGAACUCGUGCGUAAACUGAGUGAUCAGCCACGCUCGCUGCAGCAUCUCUGUCGCUGCACUGUGCGUCAUCGCUUGGGGGUGCUAUGCCAAUCUCAAGUGAGGCGACUGGAUGUCCCUAGUUCAGUCAAGGAUUACCUGCUGUUGCAGAAUGACGGGACAUUACACUGAAAUUGGAUUGAGCCUUGUGCGUGAAUGGUUGCCUUUGAAUCCCAGUGUGAAUUAAACCAAUAUGAAU